AUGAUUUGCUCUAAAUAUUGGUCAUUACAGACUAAUAAUCCAAAGACUCGACACAUUUUCACCAUGGCUGGAUUUCCAGUCUACCUGCUCUUCCUCGCUGCCCUGAUCAUCCUUCCCAUGGCCAACCUCAUCCGUUCUGCACGCCACCGGCGUCUUGCCGGCGCACGGCGGCCGCCGCCGGGGCCGUGGGCGCUCCCGGUGAUCGGCCACCUCCACCACCUCCUCGCCGGAAAGCUCCCGCACCACCACAAGCUGCGUGACCUCGCCGCGCGCCACGGCCCGCUCAUGCUGCUCCGCUUCGGCGAGCUCCCCGUCGUGGUGGCCUCGUCGGCGGACGCGGCGCGCGAGAUCGCGAAGGCGCACGACCUCGCCUUCGCGACGCGCCCCGUCACCCGGACGGCGCGGCUGACCCUGCCGGAGGGAGGCGAGGGCGUCAUCUUCGCGCCCUACGGCGACGGGUGGAGGCAGCUCCGGAAGAUCUGCACCCUCGAGCUCCUCAGCGCCCGCCGCGUGCUGUCCUUCCGAGCCGUCCGCGAGCAGGAGGUCCGGUGCCUCCUCCUCGCCGUGGCGUCGCCGUCGCCGGAAGGGACGACGGCGACGGCGAGUGUCGUCAACCUGAGCAGGAUGAUAUCGUCGUGCGUCGCCGACUCGUCGGUGCGCGCCAUCAUCGGAAGCGGCCGGUUCAAGGACAGGGAGACGUUCCUCCGGCUGAUGGAGCGAGGGAUCAAGCUGUUCUCCUGCCCGAGCUUGCCGGACCUCUUCCCGUCGUCGCGGCUGGCCAUGCUCGUCAGCCGAGUUCCUGGCCGCAUGAGGCGGCAGAGGAAGGAGAUGAUGGAGUUCAUGGAGACCAUCAUCGAGGAGCAUCAGGCGGCGCGCCAGGCCUCCAUGGAGCUCGAGAAAGAGGACCUGGUAGACGUACUCCUAAGAGUUCAGAGAGAUGGUAGCCUUCAGUUUUCCCUCACCACGGACAACAUCAAAGCUGCCAUUGCUGAUCUGUUUAUAGGUGGCAGCGAGACGGCGGCGACGACGCUGCAAUGGGCAAUGUCAGAGCUGUUGAACAAUCCAAAGGUGAUGCAGAAGGCACAAGACGAGAUACGACAAGUGCUUUAUGGACAAGAAAGAAUAACCGAGGAGACCAUAAGUAGUCUGCAUUACUUACACUUAGUCAUCAAGGAGACGCUUCGGCUACACCCUCCAACGCCACUACUUCUACCAAGGGAAUGUCGUGAACCAUGCCAAAUAUUAGGAUUCGACGUGUCUAAAGGGGCUAUGGUACUCAUCAAUGCAUGGUCUAUUGGUAGGGACCCAAGCAACUGGCAUGCACCCGAAAAAUUCAUGCCAGAGAGGUUCGAGCAAAACAACAUUGACUUUAAGGAAACAAGCUUUGAGUACAUACCUUUUGGAGCAGGACGAAGAAUCUGCCCAGGCAUGACGUUUAGGCUAGCAAACAUCGAGCUUUUACUCGCAAGCCUUCUGUAUCACUUUGACUGGGAGCUUCCAUAUGGGAUGCAGGCAGGCGACCUCGAUAUGACUGAAACUCUGGCGGUUACCGCACGGCGAAAAGCCGACCUGUUGGUAGUUCCAGUUGUGCGUGUCCCCAUCGUGGGUUAAUUAGCCAUCCACAUUUCAGUUGACCGUUAUUCAUAUCGAUCAGUGUCUCGCUGUCCUUUGUCCAAAUGUCAAAUUAAUCAGCCCCAAUAAUGAUCAUAUAUAUGUUUUGUUUGACUUUUAGUUUGUUCGAGCAGCAGUAAGUAGAUAGGCUAAGCUUUGAACAAACAUUCAAUGUCGUUCAUGAAAUGUAUCUGCGAGUGAUCUCCAAUGGUAUCUUGACAGUGAUGUUUUCCAACCUGUUCAGACAAUAUUUUUCAACAUGUUCAGACAA